AUGGAUUUCCUUACGACUCUGAGAAACUUUAUCAGGAGACCUGCUCAGGAUUCUCUGCCAAGAGUGCCUGUCGAUUCAGCUACGACAGUAGAGAGUCCUUCUAUCACAGGAGCUUUCGCGACACAACACUCACGCCUAGAGAAUUCCGAAUUCAUUUACACUUAUAAUCGAAAAGUCGUAAAAAUUCAUGACAAACUCGAUUUUGAAGUAUAUUCAGUAUUUGACAUAAGAAGAUAUAACCGCGAAUUCAAAUCUACAAACGAUUAUCUCAUCCGAGAGAUAGUGAAAGUCACAGAUUGUUUUAUAGAUAAUGCGUGUCUAUUGCUAUGCACAAGAGACACAAAUAACGAUUAUCGAUUUAUUUUAUAUGAUAUCUAUGAAAAUAAAUCGCAUAAUCUGCCAGUCAAUCUCGAUUAUAUGGCCACAAUAUAUGAUUUCGUAUUCUCUGAACCAAUAGCACAUACUACUCAUGAAAAUCAAAGACUCCUAGCAUUAGGCAGAGUGUCACCUUCAUCAUAUUUUUUAGUCAUUGGCUCUAAAAUUGGGUUGUCAUUAUACCGCUUGUUAGCACCUACAUCUGAGGCUCCGUAUUUUAGAUUAGUUGGUGAGUAUUAUCAACCACUGACUACAAAGGAACCGGUGUCUGCUGUUAAUAUUUAUAAAUUGGCGAAUGUGGCUAUUGAAGAAACACUGUAUUUAAUUGCUGGUGGUAUUAAUGGUCUUGUUGAGUUGUACACCUACGACUUUGAUCGAAAACUUCAAUAUUAUCAAUCUUUGGAUGCACCAGCUUCGAAAGCACCUGUUACACAUAUCGUUGCGCGUCCAUCGCAAACCAGCGAUAAAUGCCUUUUUUUUAUUGGACAAGGUCGUCUACAUCCAUCGUUAUCGAAUGAUCAUUUUUCAAAUCAUUUGGAGAUUAAGCCGUUAAUCAGAUUCCUCCGUUUUGACGGUCAAACAUUGGAACUUAACGAAGGAUACGAGGGUCGUCCUGAAUCAAACGUUACGAACGGCAGAAUUAUUUCCAUGUCAGCGUCUAUAGAUGGAAUAAGUCAUAUCUUGUGCGUUGGCUUGGAAUCAAUCUACUUGGAAGAAGAUGUUAUAGAUGGUCCAGAGUUGGCCUUGUUUAGAAUCGAAGAUGCAAAUAAAAUUUCAAUUAUUUGUUGGGAAAACAUAUCUUCCCUUUGUAAUCCGUCACCGAUAUUUGAUAUCGAUGCACCUGAAUUUAUUACAAAAGUAGAUAUCCUUCUCCCCGAUAGAACAGUGCUAUUUAAUUUAUCUAAUCAACUGAUAAAAGAUGAAGGUACUUACAACCCUUUGCCCACCUUCAACGAAUUCUUUAAUGAGAUGGAAUUUGAGAAGCAUAAUAUAUACAGUAAAAAUGUAGUUAACGGGAUUCAGACUCGACGUAAUCAGAUGAACCAUGAAUUAAUCUUUGAUAUGAUGCUUCGAUUCGCGAAUAUCGAUUCAAAACUUUAUCCUCCAAGCGACAUAUCAGAUUUGGAGACUCUGUUUAACGCGAUAUUUUCCAGUCACCUUGAUCGGUUAAGGCAGCAUUGUUUAGUUUAUUAUUUACUGAAGGAUUGGCAAAUUCCUCCUAAUUACGCUCAUCAGAAAUACGCUGCAAGAUUCUUGAUUCCACCAAAUUUCUUGUGUCUUAUGGAUGGAUAUUGGGCAUUAGAUCAUUGGCAUUUUUCUGAAGCCAUUAGGUUUUUGACCGAACCAUCAGUUACUGUUGAUUGGGAUCUUAAAGUUAUGGAGGUAUUGAUGAACCAAGCAAGCCCACGUGAGGCUCUACAAUAUGCAAACCUCACACAAACUGAUGAAAUUUCACCCGAAAAUACUGAGAUGUAUAUGGAAAUUUUGAUGAGAUGCGAUAUACGCGAAUCUUUUGAAUUUCAGCGGCAAUAUCGACCUCAACUUCACGAACUACAGAUGCUGGAAUUGCCUUUGCUUAGGAAAUUGCUGGAUUAUUGCUUUUUUAAAGGAUCAAAUCCUGAUAGAAUAAAUACACUCAUUGACAUAAGAAUGGACAAAUAUGAAGAAGAAUUUGUAAAAAGAUAUUGUGAAAGUAAUGAUUCGGAAGAAUGUAAGGUCUUUUGGAUUUAUUACGCAUUACAUCAUGGAAUGACGUCAGAAGCCAUCAAACAAAACGAACUCCUUAAACGACAAAGUAAGGGUACUGAGAGUGGAAUAGUAAAUACGCACAUGAGGAAUAAGUAUUUCGGAAAUCUCAUGAAAGUUUUACCGGCUUCACAACAAAAAGAAAUCUCCAUGGAAAUAGACGAAGUUUUAAACAGAGAUACGGUUGUGGUUGAAGAAAUGACUGGUGUAUCUGAGGUUACGGACUUAGACGAAGAAAUGUCAAAUCGACCUCGAGAUGACGCCAAGGAUAAAAUAUCAACUGUCCAUUCGGUGUUGUUUGGUCAUUCGCCAUUUCCUGCGUCAUCAAGAGAUUCAAUAUCAAAAUCUCCUGAAAAACCUAAAAAUAUCGAACUUCCAACUCUACCAAAUCAUUCACCGUUCUCGUCACCACAAAAUGAGCGUACGCCCAAAAACGUAGAAACACCAAAAAGCAGAAGGAAAGCCGGGCGACCAAGAGGCACCGAGACUCCAAAAGGUGUCACUCAUACACACAUUAAUCUUACCACACCUGAUCGAAGAAUCACUCGAAGCAUGACCAAAACCAAGUCAGCUACAACAGUGAAAUAG